AACAAAAAAUUUUUAGAUCGAAAGACAUGAAAGAUAAAAUUAUAAGAAUGGCCCUCAAAUAAAUUAUAACAACAAGAAAAUUAAUGAACCAACUUGGUGUGCGAGACCAAGCCGUAAUGUUGCAUUUUGAACUUAAUUAAUUCAUAUCCACAAACGGUACUGUUCUAAACCUCAUCACAGAAACACUGUUAUCACAAUACGAAGAUGAACUUUGUCUCUGUGAUACGAGCAUGCUGUGUGUGUAUGGAGCCAGGAUAAAACGAAUUGCCAUUGUGUGGUUCAUUCCCAGUGAUAAUGCUUAAGAUAGUAUCUAACAAUGAUGCCAAGUGUGAGUGUUGUAAAGUUCAAGAUUACCUUAAAGCAAGAUAUGAAGUAAGAUUUUAGAUAGUUGUUUCAUAUUCAUUGAUUUUUAAAUUUUAGUAUUCAUUGGAAAAAAAUAGGAUGAAGUAUAUAAGCGAGACAUGUUUCCUAUAAGAUUGUGUUACUGGAAUUUUAAUAAAGAGAGCGAAUGUCAUGGUGACUCGUCGUUUCGUUAAAAUGACUUCUUCCGGUGCAGACCACCUGUGUUCGGUCAUGGAGGAUAUCGUGUGCUAGAAAGACGAGACGUGCCAGUAGUUAAAUGUGAGCGUAGAGGAUGGAAUAUUAGGAAACCUUUUUUGUGUGACUAUUAGGCAUCAGCUGACACAAUAAAAUGGAAUUAUGGAUCAAAACAUCUAUGCUGUUGUGCCUGUUCGGUUUCUUGAAGGAAUUUCGUCCUUCAGAACCUUACCUGGUCAGUUAUCUGACUGGCCCGGAGCUGAACUUCACUGAUGAUCAGGUGAAUCAGCAACUAUUCCCAACUGGAACCUACACGUACAUAUCUUUGCUGGGAGUCGUUCUCUUGAUAACUGAUUUCCUGCGAUACAAGCCUCUUUUAGUUGUUGAAGGCAUCGCAGGGACUGUAACCUGGAGUGUGUUUGCUUGGGGCACACAGUUUUCGCACUUUAUGGCGGGAGAGCUGGUGUGGGCCGUGUUCGCGGCGACGGAGGUGGCCUACUACACGUACAUCUAUGCGCGGGUGGACCGGGACCACUACCAGCGGGUGACGAGCCACACGCGCGCCGCCCUCCUGCUGGGCCACUCGCUGUCGGCGCUCGCGGGGCAGGGUCUCCUCGCCGCGGGAGUCAUGGACUCCCACACGCUCACCUACAUCACCGCCGGAGCCCUUGCGCUGUCCACCGUCUGGGCUCUCCUGCUGCCGAAGGUGAGCCACAGCAUGUACUUCCACCGCAGUGCGAAGGAGCCCAGCCAGACGUCGGCAGACACGGCCGUGGUGAAGGAUGCAGCCGAUCCCGUCGUCGCUCCCGUCGGAAGGCUGGCGUGCGGGCACAAGUUCUCUGCAGCCUAUCGCCUGCUGAAGAAGGAUCUGAAGGAGGCGUACGGCAACGCGUACGUCGUGAAGUGGUCGGCCUGGUGGGUGAUGUCCGGCGGAUGCUACGUGCUGGCUUACACAUACAAUCAAAUAGUGUAUGAAACCAUCUUAAAAGAAAGUGGUGAGCUGGAAUCAGCCAAGUAUAAUGGAGCUGUUGAAGCAAUUAGUUCCUUACUAGGGGCGGCAGUAGCGUUUGGCUGCGGCUGGCUGCUCCUGGACUGGCCGCGCAUAGGCAACCUGUACCUCUCCGUCGGCUGCUUGUUCGAGGGCGCCAUGAUGUGCUGCUUCGCCAUCAGCAGGAACAUAUGGCUCGGCUACUGCACCUACACCUUGUUUGUCAUUGGCUACCAGGCUCUCAUCACCAUUGCCUCGACGGAAGUGGCAAAGAAAAUCAGCGAGGACAGCUACGGGCUCAUAUUCGGUGUGAAUACUUUGUUGGCGACGUUGGUGCAGACUGCCAUAACCGUGGUCGUGGUCAGCGACUCUGGACUAGGUCUCCAGCCGAGGCAGCAGUACAUGGUUUAUGGGGGAUAUUUCAUCUUCCUUGGAGUGCUGUGUGCAGCUCUGUUUGUGUACUCAUCAUUCUGCAAGGGAAAAGAAGCUGAAAAGUCUCAAGUUAUCUGAAAUUUACAGCAUCAAAUUAAGUUAAUUUUCCUUAGACUUGUCUGUCUGAAUGACAUUAUAAACGUAAGCUAUGGUUGAAGUAACAGUACUUACACUUUAAAAUCACAGCCAUACAUAUGCAAAUGCAUGUAAUGAAUUGGCUGGUGUGAUAGCAAAGGAGAAUCAAAGAACUGCAUUUAAUUGCCCAAGAGUUCUUAUCGAAACCUUGCUCAUGUGUUAUAAUAAUUUUAUUUAUAUUUACUGCAAAUCUUCAUUCUAAUUUGAGAAAGAUUAAGAUCUUGGCUAACUUCCUGUUAUAUUCAGAUUGUAAAAAUGUUUUGUUAAUGCUCAACUUGUUAUAUAUGUUAUGAGUAUACUUAAAAUAAAAUAAUGUAUGUUUAUUACAAAUGUUUUGAUCUUUAGCACUUAAGUUACUCAAAUAUAAAUGUUAAAAAUUUAUCGGUGUUGCAUGAUAAAUCUGCAAAACAUGACCUGUACCAGAAAUGGACACUGUCAGUCUCUGCUCUACCUAUUGAAUCUGUGUGCUGGCAUGCUGUCACCCCACCUUCCCCUCCCCGACAGCUGAAUGGAAUGUGCUGACUCCACCUAAAGCACUACAAUGAAUUAGCACAAAGCAGGGUCCAUACAAUUAUUCUUAUUUUAUUUUCAAGGACAAUCCAAGGGUGCAACAUUACAGUUUCAAGGGGGGAAAAAAUGUGAUGAUUUUGAUAAUAUUUAAAAUUAUGCGUCGGAGUUAAAAUUAUUCAAGAGACAUUUUAAUACUCAUAAAAGAUAAUUCUGAAAAUGUUUGUGAAUGCUUGAAACUCCUUAAUAGCUACUGUGUAAUUAUGUACUCUUGAAAAAAAAAUUAAACAUUGUGGGUAAUAAAAAGACCCUUAUCCCAAUAACAAGGCCAGAAUACUACUGACAACUCAUGUAGUUUAUUGUUAUUUGGGACUAAAUAUUCUAUUUUCACAACCAAUAAAACUCUCUUCCUCUGUACUCGUUCAGAAACCUAGCCAUGCUGGGCCAAAAAGCCAGGCACUUGCUGGCUGGCUCUGCGAUUAAACAACCCCAUCCUUAUUCUGCUGUCAUAUCUCUAGCUGAAACCACAGCUUGCUCACCACCCUGCAAACGUAUGAUUGUUUAAACCUCAGCGCUAAAAAAAAAGCUAUUUACGUAUCAGAUAAACUAAUUCUUGUUGGGUGUGUCUAGUACCAACUCACCCUUAUGCCGGUCUGGGACAAAAAAAAAAAGCCAUGGAGGUCAGUAAAACUUGGCCAUUGCUAGUUUGCACUGUAUGACAUAAAACUCUAAGAACAGACAAAAAAAACACAUACCUACACACCCACACAAUACAUACACAUACACACACAUACACAUACUUACACCUACAAAAAAACUCUAAGGAAGCUAGUAUUCAAAUUCUCCCUUGUCUAGUUGACGUUCUAUACUGUCUUAAACAACUUAUAAGCAUAUUUCAGCUUGAAUAGGUAAAAACCAGAAGUUUUAUAAAGUAAUGAGGUGGACAUAGUGCACACCUAUACCUAUGCACACACACCUACACCUACACACUCAUACACCUACACACACACACUUACAUCCACACACAUACUUUAA